AUGAGUGUGAUUGACCUCCUCCCGUCUCCUCACCAUUGCUUCCAUUCCACUGUCUCCCUUCUACGGAGCGCAUUAUCAACCAUCCGCAGGGGGCAGAUCUCGCUAUCACCAGUUGACUACGACAUCGACGAAGAGACGGGGUUUCUCCCACCUUUACCUUUGCCGCAUUUGACCGGUGAUUAUACUUUUUGGGAAAUCGCUUUGACCGAAGCAGAGACGGAAGUCUUUUUGUGGGAUGAUGACUCAGAAGACGCGAUGGAAAAGCGCGUUUCAUCAGAAGCAUGGCGCUCGAAAAUCUCAGCCUGGCCAGUUGUUGAGGCAAAUGCACUGCAGGGAAACAUCCGGUGUCUCCAGCGGGCCCAUGUGGUUCUCGCUUACUUAACACACUACUUCAUCCACUCUUCUCCCCCAGGAUGUUCUAAUGAUCCUUUUGUGGUUCCGAAGGCCCUCGCCGUUCCAUUCGUGGCGGUCUCUCGGUCUCUCGGCAUUGCUCCAGUUCUGACCUUUGCCGAUACCGUGUUGUGGAAUUACGAACUCAUCGACGCGACUCAGCCGACAUCGGCAAUCAACAUCCAUUACACCAACUUAUUCUCUGGAACCGAGGACGAAUCACAAUUUUACCGCACUGCUGCGCUUGUUGAACUUCGUGGAGUCGAACUACUGAAGGUCAUCGACGAAUUUUCCGCACUUCCAGACUUGGAUGAACUUUCCUGCGUCUCUAAACUGUCUCGGAACCUCAUGCGGCUCGUGGGCGUUGUGGAAGAGAUGAGCGACAUGAUCCAGACUAUCCGUGAUAAUGUGGAUCCUCACGUGUUUUACCACACCAUCAGACCUUGGUUCAACGGCAGCGACUCGGAGGGCCCGUCGCACCCCGGUUGGGUCUACGAGGGUGUACCUGACUCAGACAAGUUGGAUCUCAGUGGACCUUCUGGAGGGCAGAGCAGUAUCAUGCAUGCCCUGGACCUCUUCUUUGACAUCGACCACAAGCUGAAGUCACGGCGUUUUUCGCUCUCGGCCGCCGAUUAUCACAGGGCCGACACUGGUUUCAUGGAGCGCAUGCGAAGAUACAUGCCGGGCAAACACCGUGACUAUUUGCACUCUCUAGCCAACAGCCCCCGAUCACUCCGCGAAGUUGCCGAGAGGACUCCGGCCCUGCGAGAGCCAUACAACAAUGCUGUCAUGGCUCUCAAAAGACUGCGAGAGAUUCACAUGCGGAUUGCCUGUCUCUAUAUCGUGUCCAUGUCACGCUCCAGUCGCCAUCCAUCGGCUGCAUGUCCUGUCGCAGCCAUGAUGGAAAGGGUGGGAAAAACUCGUGGGACCGGUGGCAACGAACUGGCUCUGCUCCUCAAGGCCAGGCGGGACGCAACGAAGCGCAGCUUGCUGUAG